CUUUUUUAGAGUGUUGUAUUCUAUGAACUGAUUUGUAUCUGGAGUAGUUCAGAUUCAAAUGCGAUUGGCUUCGAUUCGAAUGUACGGAUCUGCUGGUGGUCAGAUGGCCUCCAGCCCACAAAGGAGAGAAUUAGAGAAGUUUGUGGUUCUGUAUUUUGCUUCCUUAUAAGUAUUUUUUUCUGAAUUUAGAAGGUCCUUUAUGGGGUAAGAAGCCUGGGCGAAAUGGUUUUGGGUCCCAAUCACUUAAGGACAUGGAGGAGACACGAAAUGAUGCAGGGGCAGGACCGACAGAGCAGGGACCUCCUAGUGCACCAUGGUGGCCUUCAGAUUUUAUUGAAAAAAUGGGAUCUGUUUCUCUGGGUUCCCAAGAAGAGACAUUGAACAAUAAAUCACAUAGAAACUUUGAACAAGAUGCUUUAUCAUCACAAAGAGCAUCGCAAAUUCUAUGGAGUACUGGAGUGCUUUCUGAGCCAAUUCCAAACGGUUUCUACUCUGUUAUUCCGGAUAAACGACUUAAGGAGCUUUUUAAUUGUGUUCCUACUUUGGAUGAGCUUCAUGCUUUGGGAGAAGAGGGUUUUAAAGCUGAUGUCAUUCUUGUUGAUGCUGAGAAAGAUAAAAAGCUAUCCAUGCUGAAGCAGUUGAUAGUGACAUUGGUUAAAGGAUUGAACUCAAAUCCUGCUGCUGUAAUUAAAAAGAUUGCUGGACUGGUUUCUGAUGUUUAUAAACGACAAAAUCUGGAAAGUCCAGCAAGUCCAGCAAAAGCUGCACUAGAUGAAACUUCUCACUUGUUUGAAAAUCGUGGUGUUCAAAUGCUGGGGCAGAUAAAACAUGGUUCUUGCCGCCCUCGAGCCAUCUUGUUUAAAGUUCUGGCUGAUACUGUAGGGCUUGAAAGUAGGCUUGUGGUGGGUUUGCCCAGUGACGGGGCUGUUGAGUGUGUAGACUCGUAUAAACAUAUGUCUGUGAUAGUUGUGUUAAACUCGGUGGAACUACUAGUUGAUCUUAUGCGCGUUCCUGGUCAGCUGAGACCGCGAUCAACUAAAGCUAUAUUUAUGACCCAUAUCUCAGCUGCAGGGGAGAGUGAUUCUGCAGAAAAUGAUUCCUGUGAUUCACUAGAGCCCAACAGUCCUUUAUAUGCCUAUUCAGAGAGAUGCAGUGCUGAAAAAGAUGAGAGCCUUCAGUUUCAUCGAAAAUUAGAAGGAUCUUCAAAUUUAUCAGGUCCUUCCUUGCGGAAUGUGAUGUUGAGAUCUACCACCUCUAUUGAUAGGAAAUUAAGUUUAUCACAUAGUGAACCCAACAUUGCAACUACAUUUUGGCGACGUAGCCGGAGAAGGGCCAUUGCCGAACAGCGGACUGCUAGUUCGAGUCCAGAGCAUCCAUCAUUUCGAGCACGUGGACGGUCCAUGCUAAGUGGUGAUAGGAAUUUGCUAAGGGAUUACGUUGAUGACGUAGCUACCUCAAGCUAUAGGUCAGAUGGUGCUUCAACAUCAGAAGCUCGAAGAAUAAGAAGAAGAAGCAUUAGCAUUACUCCAGAGAUAGGUGAUGACAUCGUAAGGGCUGUGCGAGCAAUGAAUGAAACAUUGAAGCAAAAUCGUCUGUUGCGAGAGCGAGGGGAUGAUAGUUCAUAUGUACAUUCUCCAAAUGAUGGAAAUACUAGCAGUGAUCUUCAAAAGAAUGUGUCAAAUUUCCAUCUUGGUGGUCAUGAUGAAAUCUCGAGUGGAAAGUCUGCAUUAUAUACUCUUUCCAGGGACCAAAUAAAUUCUCAAAAAGCAAUGUCAUUGCCAUCAUCUCCACAUAAUUUUGUUUCAUAUCUAGGGUUUUUUGGAGAAGUUUUUCGUGGUAUAUGGAAUGGAACAGAUGUUGCCAUCAAGGUGUUUUUAGAGCAAGAUCUUACUGCUGAAAAUAUGGAAGAUUUCUGCAAUGAGAUUUCCAUUCUUAGCCGCCUUCGACAUCCCAAUGUUAUCUUGUUUUUGGGUGCAUGCAUGAGGCCUCCACGUUUGUCAAUGGUUACUGAAUACAUGGAGAUGGGAUCACUCUACUAUUUGAUCCAUUUGAGUGGACAGAAAAAGAAGCUUAGUUGGCGCAGGAGACUAAAGAUGCUGCGUGACAUUUGCAGGGGGUUGAUGUGCAUACACCGUAUGAAGAUAAUCCAUCGAGAUCUUAAAAGUGCAAAUUGCCUUGUGAAUAAGCACUGGACUGUAAAGAUUUGCGAUUUUGGGCUCUCAAGAAUAAUGACAGACACAACCAUGAAGGAUUCCUCAUCUGCAGGAACUCCAGAGUGGAUGGCUCCUGAACUUAUUCGAAAUGAGCCAUUCACAGAAAAAUGUGACAUUUUCAGCCUAGGGGUGAUCAUGUGGGAGCUCUGCACCCUAAACAGACCAUGGGAAGGGGUGCCGCCAGAGAGGGUGGUUUAUGCUGUUGCAAAUGAGGGAUCCCGGCUAGAGAUCCCCGAAGGUCCACUUGGCAGGCUAAUUGCAGAUUGUUGGGCAGAACCGCAAGAACGGCCAAGCUGUGAAGAGAUACUUUCCCGUUUGCUCGACUGCGAGUAUUCGCUCUGCUAAGGCGGAUCCGUUGUGUAUAGAAAACAUGGUAGAGGUGUUACAAUAUGUUCUCGGCUUCAUAAGUUUGUAAACCAUCAUGCUUUUCCCAAUCAUUGUAAAAACAUAGAAUGUUUCAUCUCUCAGUUUUCUUUUCAAUGGGAGCAACUCCAUUUCUUUGUGCAACCAAAUAAAAAAAAAAAA